UUAGAGUAUGAUUAUGGCUUAUCCUCAAAAUUAAAGUCCACGUUUGGUCAACGAUGUAUCUUUACAUUUUAUUCCUCAUCCAUAGAACAAAAAAUUAAAAUAAAAAUAAAUUACAACUAUGCAAUCAAUUGUAAUACAACAUUUAAAUUACUUGAGUUUAAAUUUUAAACCUUUAAUUAAAAAAUGCAGCUGCCACUGCAAGCAGCAAUUAAAAGCUCCACCGUAUGCAAUCAUCCAACUACCCCAAAACGGUGUCGUAUUGCCGUCGUCGUCUCCUUUUUUCUGCCGAUCUAACAUCUGCUCUCCAGAACUCAACACUUUCUCUCUCUAGGGUUUUCAUCUCCCCCAAAAUUUUCACAGAAAUCAGACCUCAAUUCUCACCGGAAAAAAACAUGGAUCAGUCUUUCCUAAUGAUGCUAUCGAAUCUCCUCCACCUCCACAACUACCUGGACCCCACCACCUCCCCCAUCCUCUCCUCCACCACCCUCUCCUCCUCCGCCGCCGACGCCACCUCCACCUCUGCCGCCCCCCUCCUCUUCUUCACCCUCGCCUCCGUCCUCUCCUACCUCGCAUCCCACCCCCCAACCAAAAAAACCCCCAAACCCUCCUCCGCGUCCCCCUCCUCCUCCUCCGCCGCCGUGAAACCCCCAUCGGAAUUCUCCGUCGCCGCCUUCCGCGCCCUAUCCACCGAGCACAUUUGGGCCAUGGAAGCCCCCCUCCGCGACGCACAGUGGCGAUCCCUGUACGGCCUCUCCUACCCCGUCUUCACCACCGUCGUCGAGAAACUCAAACCCUACAUAACCCAAUCACAGCUCUCCCUCCCCUCCGACUACGCCGUCGCCAUGGUCCUCUCCCGCCUCUCCCACGGCCUAACCCUAAAAACCCUAGCUUCCCGCUACUCCCUCGAACCCUACCUAAUCUCCAAAAUCACAAACAUGGUCACGCGCCUCCUAGCAACCAAACUCUACCCCGAAUUCAUCAAAAUUCCCGUCUCACGCCGCCGACUGGUCGAAACAACACAAGGGUUUCAAGAGCUGACAUCACUCCCGAACAUGUGCGGCGCCAUCGAUACAACUCCAGUCAAGCUCCACAAAAUCAGCCCCAACACCCUCAACUCUUCAAUGUACACCUCUAAGUACGGAUUCCCAUCGGUUCUUCUUCAAGUUGUUGCAGAUCACAAGAAGAUAUUUUGGGAUGUUUGCGUAAAAGCCCCCGGUGGAUUCGACGACGCAACCCACUUUCGAGACAGUUUACUAUACAAUCGUUUGAUUUCUGGUGAUAUAAUUUGGGACAAGGCGGUUACUGUUAGAGGGCAGCCAGUGAGGCCGUACAUAGUCGGGGACUGGUGUUUUCCAAUGCUGUCGUUUUUGCUUACUCCGUUUAGUUACAACAGAACGGGAACUCCUGCACAGAAUGCGUUCGAUGAGGGUUUGAUGAAGGGGAGAAAAUCAGUGGAGGAAGCUAUUGGAUUGUUGAAAGGGAGGUGGAAGAUUUUGCAGGAUAUGAACGUGGGAUUGAAUCAUGCUCCUCAAACGAUUGUGGCGUGUUGUGUUUUGCAUAAUUUGUGUCAGAUUGCAAGGGAGCCCGAGCCGGAGAUUUGGAAGGAGCCGGAAGAGAAUGGGCAGCCGCCUAGGGUUAUGGAGAAUGAGAAGAGCUGUUGUUAUUACGGGGAGAGCUUGAGGCAGGUUUUGGCUGAUGAUUUGUAUCAACGUCUUUCGUCAAGAUAAUCAAGAAAGGUUAUUUUUUUACUUGCGUCGUUUUUUUACUAACUCAAUGUAGCCAAUUGUUGACCCCUUUUUUUUUCGUUCUGUUGGUAGUAAUAACUGAGACAAGUUAGAUUUUGUUUUGGGUGAUAUGAAAUUGAAAAGGAAUGUAGCUGAUCGAAUUUGUUGCUCAAAUCCGGUGCUGAAUGAAAUGCGUUUUUUUGUGUUGUUUGUUUA